CCGCCCGCAGUUUGACAGCUCUUGGGUGCAGGUGGCCGGGAGCCGGGCGGGGGCUCCCCAAGGUGCCGAGGUGCGGACGCUGGCUGUGAGUGGCGUGCAGGCAGCGCCCCCGGCUCUCACCAGCCCGUUCGUCCUACCCAAUCGCGGGCUCGGCCACCGCCUCCCCAGGUCCCCGGGGGCAGGAGCAGCCUCUGCCGCCGUCCUGGGAACCUGCCGCGGCUGCGCUGACGGCGCGCUCUGCUAAUGGCUGAGCCACGGGGCUGCUCAGUGUGGCUGUAGCGGACUGACGGACGGAGCCAGCGACGUGCCCCGAGCCCCUGCGCCCAGAGCCUCCUCCCAGAGCGCUGCGCUCAGCCCAGUUCAGCUCAGCUCUGGCCAGGCCAAGCCAGCCUUGGCCGCAGCAGCCUCUCCUCUCCGCUCCUCGCCACGCCGUGCCCCCCGCCAUGGUGUCCUGGAUCAUCUCCAGGCUGGUGGUGCUCCUGUUCGGCACCCUCUAUCCUGCGUAUUACUCUUACAAGGCAGUGAAGUCCAAGGACAUUAAAGAAUAUGUAAAAUGGAUGAUGUACUGGAUUAUAUUUGCACUUUUUACGACAGCAGAGACAUUCACGGAUAUCUUUCUUUGCUGGUUCCCCUUCUAUUAUGAACUAAAAAUAGCCUUCGUGGCCUGGUUGCUGUCUCCUUACACAAAGGGCUCCAGCCUCCUCUACAGAAAGUUUGUGCAUCCUACGCUGUCAUCAAAAGAAAAGGAAAUUGAUGACUGCCUGGUCCAAGCCAAAGACCGGAGCUACGAUGCCCUUGUGCACUUUGGGAAGCGGGGGCUGAACGUUGCGGCCACAGCAGCAGUGAUGGCUGCUUCCAAGGGACAAGGUGCCUUAUCUGAGAGGCUCCGGAGCUUCAGCAUGCAAGACCUCACUACCAUCCGAGGUGAUGGGGCCCCUGUCCCCUCUGGCCCACCUCCCUCAGCAACUGUGCGGACCAGCAGCAAACACGGCCAGCCCAAAAUGUCCAGAAGUGCAUCUGAAAGUGCUGGGAGUUCAGUGUGUACCUGCUGCUCCUCAUGUAGGACCCGGAAAGUGGUUGAGGGAGAGGUGAAUGAGGGGGGUGUGAAGUUAUGGAAGCCGCACCCACACCGGGACAAGGACCCAUUGAUAUUCUCCGAUGAGGAAGAGGAGGAGGAGGAUCUGUUGGAUUAUAUGUACAAGUUUAAAGCUCCCCGGAAGACGGAGACACCUCUGGAGGCACCGCCUAGGAUCCUUCGAUCUCGCUUCAGGAAGAAAUGUACCUCAUCCCCUGCCACUGAAACCAUGUGAGUGAGAUGAGCCAGCAGCACCGAGAUCCACAGCACGCCUCUUCUCUGCCUUAAAGAGCUAUUCACUUAAUAACAUAGAAAUCUGGGAGCUGGGUGUGCUUUGAGUGGGCAACAUUGUAGUCAUGGCCUUCUCUCUCUCUCUCUCUCUCUCUCUCUCUCUCUCUCUCUCUCUCUCUCUCUCUCUCUCUCUCUCUCCUCUUCCUCUUUUUUUAAAAUUAAUUUUCAUGGGAGAAGGGGCUAAGGGUGGGAUAACAGGGAAUAACCUCUAAGUCUCUGAGGUUGGGAGUAUUCACAGCUCAGUCAACUUGAGAAAAAAGCAUCAUUGUGGAAGUCAUCUCUGCUGUGUUUCUGAAAUACAGAAAUGUUUGGGGUAUAAGUUUGUAAUUUAUCAGUUGUUUACCUAGUUUUUAUUCCCAUAAAUGCAAAUGAUAGUAUUUAAAACAAAAUAUCCUCCUCCCCCCCCAUCAGAAUACUUUGGAUCAUCAUGUAUUUUAUAUUUUAUGGUAUUUUUGGUUAAAAUAAAUAGACUUCCAGUGGCCAACAAUGGCUUACAGUUAUGUAAAGAGACUGAAUGAAAAAAACGUUUGUUUUUUAAAGCAACAAACCCGCCAACAUUCUUGUUCUAUGUAGAAUUUGUAAAAGCUUCCAGGUACAGCUCAAGUGGGUGCCUGGCAAGUAUUUCACUACAUGAGUGAGGACAGAAAAAAUAGAGAUGGGAUGAAGAGAGAUCAGGUGGUCACUCCUCUCUGCAAAGUUUUUCUUUCCCAUUCCCAGUGAGCCUUAGGGUUUCCCAGAUGUCCUACUGAGCUGUAACAGUGAGCUGAACACCAUGCAAUAGGGAAGGUGUGAAAAGGGGCAUGGUCUCUGCAUUGGAUUCAGGGCUAGGACCUUGACAGUCACGCUUGAUGUGACCACAGGCAGGACCCUUCACCUUGCAAAGCUUCUUGGGGAUGUGACCAUGCACCUACCUCGCAGGGAUGUCAGAUGGACUCCCAGACAGAAGGAGCUUAGCAGAUGAGAAACUCUAGGUCACAGUAAGGAUUCCUCAUCAUCUUCCCUGCAUUGACCCAAACCAUUCUCACCGGACAGAGAUGGGAGGGGUGGAAAAACCUUGUGUCACGACAGCUCAUGAAAUCAGUAUCGUGUGAAAAGAAGCUAGAAUCAUAGCUCUUACUUUUAAGAGAGGCUUUCCAAUACAUCCUAGACAUGUUUGCAAUUAUCUGUGAUAACAGGAGCAGGAAAGAUUUGGGGAGAGUUCUAGUGGCAAAACUCGGUCCUAGAAAACACGAUUUAUGUGUGGCUUCCCAUUGAAUUCUAAAUAUUCCUCUCAUCUGUGCAUGGUAGCUUUUAAGAGACACUUCCCAUGAGCUUAUGAACUCACCCCAUGGGAAAAGAGUCAAGUCCAGACUCAUCAUAUAGAAUUGACAGCCUAAUUUUUUUUUAAAAGGAGAAUCUGGGUUAGAUUUCAUUUUAGUCUAAGUGUUAGGAUAGUGUUUUCAUCCCCAGAUUAGGAAAGAAGAGGGAGAAGCUAUAUUGAGUAUUUGUGCUUUCGAGAUGUAAGUGUAUUCUGCAUGCAGUGUUCACAAAGCAGUUAACCAAUCCCUUAGCUCUGACUGUGUUCACCCUUCAUCUGUCCCGUAGGCUAGUAAACACGUGUUACUACUAUGUACCACAUAAGACUUGCUGUCAACUGAAAUAUAUAACCAGGCUCUAUUAAAGAUUGUUCCAUUAUUAACAUAGUUAAGGUGCAGCAAGGGGUCUAGGGGGAUGGUGAACCGGCUGGAUUUCAGCAGGCUCAGAAACUGCCAGUGUCUGUCCCUUUGGUCCUUUACAAGUGAUUUUAUAGCAUCCUUAAAAACAAAACAAAACAAACAAAAUUAAAAACCCGCUUCUAAACGAGUUAAGAGAAAACCCUGAGCACUAUUGGUUAAAAAAAAAAGAGGGCAAAGUAUUUUCCCCUUGUCACAAUACUUCCACAUGUUAUUGGAAGAAAAGUGAUUUCCCUCAAAUGUACCUCAAAGGCAGGUUAUUAAUAGAAACUCUAUGGUUUAGAAAGAUAUUUACCUUUUAGGUAGCAACUAGGGAAUAUUCAGAAUCAUUGAAUGUGCCCAGAAUAAAACUGAGGAGCCCAGCUUGCAUGCUUAAGUUAUGCAACUUUUUUUGUUUUGCAAAAAAACUCCCCCCAAAAAACAAAACAAAAAAAAAACUUCAACAGAAAUUAGAAUCCUAUUGUGAGCAAGCUUUUCCCCCCCUCACUAUUAUGCAACAGGAAAUUCUGACAAGUAGAAGCAGACAAAUUUGCACUCAAUUAUGCGAAAAAAAAAAGUGUGAAGAACUCUCAGAUAUGCUGUAUUACUAUUCAUUCUAGGUAAAAAUAAGAAAAGGUGUCCAAGCUGCUGUCUUAAUGUAAACUUGACUGUUUCAAUUUUCCUUCAAGUGUUAAUACGGGGGAGUCGGUUUCUCUCUCAGACAUUCACUGUACAACUGAGUUUUCAUAUCUCUGGCAAAAUGUGUAUUUAUCCAACAAGCUGUAUAUUUGUGUAUAGACUGACAUGAAAUGUGAAUGCCUCCAAAUGUACGCUUAGUGGUAUGCUCUGUCCACAAAAUAAGACAAUGUUUUUAAUUUGCUUAAUUACAGACAGAGGUUGUUUACAAAAUGCUAGCUCAAAGGUCUGUAAUGGUUAUGUAUUGACUUAUAUUUUUUCAUAGCCCUUGGGCACAUGUAUUAUUUGGUGGGAGUGGGAAUGGGGGGUGGGUGGGGGGAGGGGCAGCGGUCUAAUCCUCUAACAUGGGAGAGGCAGAUUAGCACAGCUUUCUCCAGGCUUCAACUAAGCCACCUGCUAGCUUCAGCUGGUCUUUGAAAUGUGUGUUUUUACAUUGUAAAGUGUCCUUGUCCUUGUGAUAAAAUGCUGGUCAACUCCAGCUGUGGUUUAUACUGGGUUUGCUUCUGUCUUAGCUUCAGGUACCCACCGCUCUCCACCCGGCACAGUGUUUGAAAUGGGAAAGGACACUCACUAUUUAUACUCCCACAAUUCACCCUCGGAGAAACAGCCGAUAGAUUAAGGAUCAUAACUGUGCAUACUGACGAUAGUUGACUUCUUGUAAUCAGCAUAGAAAAACCUGUCACAGAAUAGCAGUACCACAAACACCACUCGGGAGCGAUGUCAAUGACAAUAUUCCAAAGGCAAAAGUUCUGCUGUUUUGUUAUAUUUCUUGCUUGAUAUAUUCAUCUUGAAUAAAUAAAGUCUUAACCUUU